AUGGGUGCUGCAGCAUCCCCCGAACCUCUGUUUCGAAAUGGGAGCCGUGCUGGCUACGCGCCAAGCACAUCUCCAGGCCUGGCAUCAACUUCUCAAUCAGACUUCAUCGGCAUGGUUUCGCCCCCAGCGUCGCAGCCUGGCACAUCAAUUGGCCCAAAGCCAACUCAGCCCUUGACACCCGAAUCAACCAUACCCCAGAGGACCCUCGACUCAGCCUCGCGCGAGCGGAAGGUGCCUGCCACACCUCUGCAGCGUAUAAUGGGAUUCGGCAGUCUGGGCGCCAGCCUGGCCUUUGGUGCCAUGAAGGACUCCAUGUCGCGGACGCUGGGAGGCAGUGUUCGUGAGGCCAAUGAGCGUGACACACAGAUGGUUGGAGCAUUUAUCAGUGGGGACAACGCCGAGAUCUUGGCAGCAGGGCUGUGUCGGAUGCGCGGGGCUGCCCUGAAGUUGGGGCAGAUGUUGUCCCUUCAGGAUGAGAACCUGGUGCCACCGGCGCUGCAGACGGCCCUGGAAAGAGUGCGGGCCGGGGCGGACUACAUGCCACGGACCCAGCUUGAGCAAGUGUUGCAGGAAGAUCUUGGCACAGGUUGGCAAGAUCGUCUGGCUGAGUUCGACUUCAUGCCGAUGGCUGCUGCAUCCAUAGGCCAAGUCCACAGGGGGGUGUUGCAUGAUGGCAGGCCAGUGGCCAUGAAGGUCCAGUAUCCAGGAGUGGCUCAGAGCAUCGCAUCGGAUCUGCAGAACCUGAUGAUGCUUUUGAAGGUCACAAAUAUGCUACCUGCUGGACUGUUCGUGGACAAUGCCGCAACAGUGAUGGAGCGAGAGCUGGCCCUUGAGUGUGACUACACCAACGAGAUGAGGAGCCAAGCCAGAUUCAGGGACCUUGUAGAGGGAGAUGAAACAUGUUGUGCACACUUCCAAGUGCCUGCAAUCGUGCCAGAGCUGUGCAGCACUCGUGUGUUGACGUCGGAAUGGGUUCCUGGAGUGGCGAUUGACAAGGUACAUGAAAUGCCAUCCGAGGUUAGGAAUCGGGUUGGGAGCCGCCUACUUUACAUCACGCUCAGGGAACUGUUCACUUGGCGGUUCAUGCAAACAGACCCCAACUGGGGCAACUUUUUGUACGACUCGGAGACUGAUAUGCUGUCCCUGAUCGACUUUGGGGCGGCCCGGGACUAUCCGAAGACGUUCGUCGACAACUAUCUGCGGAUGGUCCAAGCUUGUGCGGAACGGGACCGAGAGAAGGUUUUGCACUGGUCCCAAGAGCUUGGUUUUUUAACAGGGGACGAGUCGCGCGCCAUGCAAGACGCCCACUGUGAGGCGGCCUUCAUCGUGGGCCUGCCAUUCGGGGCAGAGGGCACGUACGACUUCGGCGGCCACUCACAACUCACGCCUCGCGUCGCUGAGCUGGGCGCUAAAAUGCUGAAGGACCGGUUGUGCCCCCCGCCUGACGAGGCUUACUCACUGCACAGAAAGCUCAGCGGCGCCUUCCUCUGCUGCAUCAAGCUGCGGGCGGAGGUGCCAGCCAGGGCGCUAUUCCUUGAGGUCCUCAACAGCCACAAGUUUGGAUGA